UGAGAGAGGCAGCAGCUAUAAAAGAGAACUUCUAUCCCUACCCUCGUCACUCCUCACUCCUCACUCCCUUUCAUUAUCCCAAAAAACGAGUAAGGCAGGUACAGCAGCCAAAACUAUGUCACCCGGUCCCGUCGUUGAGGCUGAACCCGCCGCCGCCACCACCGCUGAGGAGGUCUCCUCCACUGUGGAAGAUACACAGCAGAAGAAGCCUCCUCAGCAGGAUGUGGAUGAACCUGUGGUGGAGGACGUGAAGGAAGAUGAGAAGGAAGAGGAUGACGAUGAGGAUGAUGAGGAUGACGAUGAUGAAGAUGAUGACAAGGAUGAUGAUACCCCAGGUGCUAAUGGGAGUUCCAAGCAGAGCAGAAGUGAAAAGAAGAGUCGCAAGGCAAUGUUGAAGCUUGGCAUGAAACCUGUUACUGGUGUUAGCAGGGUCACCAUCAAGAGAACCAAAAAUAUACUGUUUUUUAUCUCAAAGCCUGAUGUCUUCAAGAGCCCAAAUUCUGAGACCUAUAUCAUAUUUGGAGAGGCAAAGAUAGAGGAUAUGAGCUCUCAGCUGCAGACACAGGCUGCUCAGCAGUUUAGGGUGCCAGACAUGUCAUCUAUGUUCCCAAAAUCAGAUGCUUCUACUGCAGCUGCUGCUGCACCAGCAGAUGAAGCAGAGGAAGAAGUCGAUGAGACUGGGGUUGAGCCUAGGGACAUUGAUCUUGUUAUGACACAGGCUGGAGUUUCUAGGAGCAAGGCUGUCAAGGCUCUCCAGACGAACAAUGGGGACAUUGUCAGUGCUAUCAUGGAGCUUACUACUUAGGAUGGCUCCCUGGUUACUCUCUUAUUUUAUGUUGACGAGUUCUUGGAACAAUUUAGUCAUGGUAGUCAAAUUGGCUUGCCAUCUAUGAGGUCGCUAAUUAUCCAUUGUUUUUGUCAGAUACGAGAUUAUUACCUAUUGCGGUUUUUCUUUAGUAGCAAGCUCUUAUUGUGCUCUUUGGCA